AUGGACAAAAAGAUCAAAACUGCCCAGCAUCAAAAACUAAUCGCGUUGGAGAACAUUAAAUCGCUGGAGCGGUUUACACAGGCGUUCAGCAGCGACGAUGCAAGCCAAAUUCCGGAGGCUUUGGAGGGGCUGGAGCAGUACAAGCAGGAGUUUUUCACCGCAGUGGCGAAACUGGAGGAAUGCGACGACAGCAGUGAGGCGAUACAAUCCUGUAUCAACGACAGGAUCGAUAUGGAAGAACGGUGCCGACGGCUGAAAUCAUUUCUCAGAGAGAACCAACGGAAGGACGCCAACCCGCUAAACGAAUCCACUCUUUUGGCAAAUUCAACGCUUGCGUUUGGUCGGCCAAACGCACCCAAUCUUCGGUUGCCAAAAAUCGAACUGCCGACGUUCGAUGGGGAUUCGACAAAGUGGUUGUCAUUCCGCGAUCGUUUUGUCGCUAUGAUCGACGCUUCACCCGACUUACCACACAUUGCAAAAUUACAAUAUUUGCUUUCUUCGUUGAAGGGCGACGCAGCGGUGCCCUUUGAACAUGUGGCUUUGACUACCGAGAACUACGCUGUGACGUGGGCGUCACUUCUUAAGCGUUACGACAAUACACGGAUGCUGAUUCGCGAUUAUUGGCGGAAGCUUCAUUUCCUUCCGGGAAUAGAAGCAGAAAGUGUCGACGGUUUGACAUCGUUGGUGGAUGAAUUCACGCGGCAUGUGAAUGGAUUGGUGAAACUACAAGAACCAGUCGAUUCGUGGGACACACCUCUGUCCAACAUGCUUCUAAUGAAGAUGGACAACGAAACCAUCUUAGCGUGGGAAAAACACUCCGUGCAGUUUAAAAGGGAUAAGUACCGUGAGCUGAUUGAAUUCCUGCAGGAUCGUGUUCAAAUAUUGAAAUCGAGCAAGAGCUUUGCAUGCGCAAAAAUUGCACCGACCAAGGUGGCCGGCGCACAUCGUCUUCCUGCAUCACGGAAGUCGAUCACGAGCGCAGCUGCAAUGCAGAAGAACGCAUCCAUCUCUACUUCACCUCAACUACAGAGAUGUCCGUUGCAGUGUCCGGAACCUCAUCUACUACGCAAUUGUCCGGAAUUCAUCAACAAGGAGAUACAACAACGACGUGACAUCGUCAAAGCAAAGGGUCUAUGUUGGAACUGCCUCAGCAGCUCACACCAAGUGAAAUCUUGUAGAUCAGACUACUCGUGCCGAUCAUGCCGUGAACGUCAUCAUAGCCUACUUCAUCACGCUUCUCAUUCAUCCGUAACUGUUCAACCGAAAGUUACUCUGGCGGCUCAAUCCGACGAUGAAAUGGUGUUUCUCGAGACGGCAAUAGUUUACAUCGUAGACGAUUAUGGAAUUAAGCACGAGGCUAGAGCGCUUCUUGAUUCGGGAUCGAUGUUAAACUUUAUAUCGGAAUCAUUUGCUCAGAAACUCGUCACCCCUCAUACGAAGGUGAAUGUGUGCGUUAUUGGCAUCGGGUCAGCAAGGCAGCAAGUGAAAUGUUGA